AAGAAAAACACCAUGUAAAUGUAUUAUAGAGUAGUCCGCUUUUCGAGUUACGGGUUGCUCGAGUUCUCUCGAGUUGCCACGAGUUGCCGGAGCUCACAUGCCCCGUCCGGAGCGAGUUGCUAACGAGUUCCUCUCGGCAGCUUGCUACCUUGAAAGCGCAGCACUCCGCGGCGGUAUGGUGGGCCAAGAUGCCACGGAGGUCAGGAGGAAGCUCGUGGCCAGUUGUUUCGUAGCAGAUCUGCCGCAUGUAUUGAAGAGACACGCCCCGGCCGAGCUCUUCGGGGCUUGGGCUUGGCGAAAGUAAGAGGGCGAAGCUCGGGGCCUUUUAUUUUUGUUUGAGUGGCGCGCGCGCAAGCCUUGCGAAGUGCAGCCAUUUCCUCGCUGUGUCGGUGUCUGUGCAUAGUAAGCCGCGCGCUGGUGUCGGUCGCGGUCUGGCUCUGUUUUUUUUGCUGGUGAGUGGCCAGCCUGUUCGACUUCUUGGGGCCCCUGUUUGCGUUGUAGUGGGCUUACUGAGUAGCGUGCCGCCUAGUGGGUAGCAUCACAAGCAAGGCCCCCCUGAGUAGUGUAGCCGCAUCGGGAUCGGCAUGGAAUAGGAUUGUUUGUGUGUUUGUUUUAUAGGGCAGCAACUAUACCAGGCAGGCGCGCUAACUUAGUAACACAAAACUAUGAAAGCAGGGCCCCCAGGGUAGGCGGCGCUGCUCCUGUCUGCCCCGCGCAUGCAGCGCCUCGCAGAGAAGAGAGGGCGCUACUGGAGGCGUUCGCCUGUGGAGGUGGUUUGCGCUCCUGCGCAACGUGUUUUACGCUUCGAAGAUCGUGCGCCCGAAGGGCGCAGCGAAAACUUUUUUGGUAUGGAACUCGUUCAACCCGAGCAACUCGAGCAACUCGACCCGAUAUCGGGCGCAAAGUGUCUAAUUCUAGUAUUACAUUAAGCACGAAGGGCUCACUCCUGCUGCUGUUGUUUAUAACUACUUGUUCAUGUACUACAUGUACCCUUAAAACCAAGUACUUCCUCCGUAUCACAAUGAACGCCUCCGUAUCUAUUCAGCAGGUGAAGCUACGAUGUUACACCUCCGACCCAUCGACAGUAUGGCAGAUCAGACUCUUUCGACCGGCGAAGCCAAACUGGAUGCUCAAGUUAAGGAUUAGAAAUGAGGUUUGCUUCCUAUCUUGAUAGAAGCGGCUGCUGCGGCUGGCAUGAUACUGCUAGAGAUGAUACCGAUAAUUUUCGUUGUAGUAGUACUUAAUGUUAGAAGUCGCCAAAGCGAAGGAAAAGGAUGUAGUUAAAACAUGUCAAAUGGUCGGCGUCGUGGGUGAGCACCCCAACGCGCUCGAGCAUCCACCAGAAUGUAGUUUUUUGGUCGCUCUAAUCCAGCUGGACACAACGGCACGUCCUCCCGGCGAAGCCGCCAUGGACGUCACUUGGGGUACAGUGAGCGGAGAUCCGCUGGAUACUUUCACAUGUGUCAGUCUUCGGCGUAUGCUGGAUGCCGCAAUCGAUGUCGAAAUGUGGAAGACCGGUGUUGGGAGUCCACGCAAAGCACGUCGCGCAUCGGCCUCGGUCGAUUACGACGGGGAAGAAGCUCCUGCCGCUGUCGGUGUCGUAGCAGCAAAGGAAAGUGAAAGAGCUGAAUUCAAACCCGAGAUCCGUGCGCGAGUGGGAAGCAAUGGAAGUAACCCACCUGUUGUAGGGACAAGCAGUACACCAGCAGGCAGGCGAGACGCGUUAGCGAUCGAAUGUGGUUUCGGGAAGGCGCGCGAAGAGGAGAUUAUUGACGACGAAGACCACGAGUGCGGCAUUCCAUUUUCGCUACAGCACACAAAAUUCAUCAUGGAUCGCUGGGAGCUUCAUAAACUUGCAUUACUGAAGGUACUUACAACUAGUACUACUACUACUACUACUACUACUACUCCUACUACUACCAGUCUGAUGAACUCAAGAAAGGUGAAGAAGUUGAUGUCGACGUUGAUAAUUGACGUGGCGCCUCCCUCUGUACCAGGAUUGACUCACAGAGCUUGUCUUUUACAAUAUUUGUCAGCAUGAUGUUGUAAGAUAGAGAUUGAGAUAGUUGUUGACUACGAAAUAUUGUUUCUAAGUAUAAUAGAAAUAGUGAAGUUAGUUAUUUAAUUACUUCUUUCUACUUCACUUGCGAGUUCGUCCUUGCUCUUCUUCCGACCGGUACUACAAGUUGUGAGCGUGAGCGCGAGAGAACGUCUAUCUUAGCCCUCGACGCCUUUUUCAUCUUCUCGCACUUAAAAGCAGGGACCACGACGGACAACUCAUCUUCCUUAUAUCUAAGCAUAAAAAAGGCAUACGAGCUGACCCGUUAUGUGCUGAAGAUUGAAAGCGAGGAUUUCGUUGGGCAGCUGAUUGUCAAGCUGUGCUGGCACUGGAUGGAGACGAAACUGCCACACCAGAGCAUCUCGCACGAAGAGCGGCAGAAGGAGCGCGGGAUCCCACCACGAAUCCGCGCACAGAUUCGAGAGCGCGAGCUCGAUAAGAAAAUCCGUGAGAAAAUAGACGAAAAUGUUGACGAUGAAGGUGGUGGAGAAGGAGAUGCCGAAAAUCUUGAAGGUGGAAACAAUUACAACAACAAUGCAGCGCCCGCGAAACCGGGACCGCCACAAGUGAAAAGGCUAAAGCCAACCAGUGUGCAACCGCUAGUAGCCCCUGGUACGGGAUUUCCUGGGAGCGCGAAGAACAAGGCUCCUGGUCAAGAUAAUCAAGCAGAACCGACCAAGAAGCCAACGGGAGGAGUCGUUGACAAAAGAAGCGUACCACCAAAACAGCGGCCCGCUUUGGUGCUGAGAAAUAUUCAGCCGACCUCCAAGAAAAAGGUUCGCCCCAUGGCGCGGGAAUAUCAGAAGUAUGGAUGGGUUUUGAGAAGAAACCUGCGCUAGCAAUAAGUGAGUACUUACGUAUUUGUUGCACCACUUUGCGGUGGUCUACAACAUAAGAAUAAGCUUUUCAUCUACAGCCAAAAAUAGUCUUUCCAUCUUCUGAUAUUUUAAUUUCUCGUCCCAUUUGUAGUGCCUUCUAAUCAAAAGAAUUUUUGACGCGGGAGACGCUGCGAGUGUCUGGGCAUCGUCCUUCAACAGCCAAGCCAAUAGUUUUUGACGAGCCACUUUCGCCUACUCGCAAGAUAAAGAGGGAAGUCGGGUUUGCUCCCUUCGAAUCAACAUCUUCGGCGGGUGCAGUUGGACGUGCAACAGCCGGUGGUGGGGGUUCUUCUUCUGCAGUCUCACCUGGCACAGCUUCAACGCUGAAACAAAACUCUACUGCAACUCUUGGAGGACGAGGUACUACAGCAGCCAAUCGGAGGACAAUGCGAGAACGAGCAGCGGUCCAGCAAUCCAGUGGGUGGAAGCUUCCGGAAAGUGCAGAAAAUCGUCAGGUGUCUGUAAACCUGAAAAACGAACAGCGACGCGAAGCAGAGAUGGUGGAGGUCGGGCAACGCGAAGUAGCUAAGAAAGAAGAGCUCUUAUCAAAGCUUCGACAAGGUUGCAUACAAAUGCGACUAGAUCUUGCCAAAAUGCAGCCCGUAAAGAUCGGAACUUCGAGCUUUUUCAAAGACGGGAUAGGAGAUAAAGCAAAAGAAGUGUUGCCACAACAGGAGCAGGGGAAUGCUACAGCUAGUAAUACGACAAACAAUUCAUCUUCAGUAAUACCAGGAGCUGCCAGAACUAACUUGCGUGGUUCUCGGGAAGGCGUUACAAGUAUCAUGGCAAGGUAUUCAGAUAGUCCAAUAGACGAUCUCGAUCAGCCAGGAGAGAGCAUCGGGACUACAGCUCCUUCAGGCCCCGCAUCAUCAAGAUCGAAUUCGAAGAGUGCAAAGGAUAUUCAGCCACCAGAGCUUCUUCCAAGGCCUCCAGAAGCACUGGAUGGAAGUGGACUGCAACCGGCACCACGGGAGAAUCGCUGGUCCUCCGAAGAAAACAUACCAGUUUUGUACAGUAGAGACUAUGCGAAUAAAGAUGAAAAAUGAUGAACUCGCUCGAACGAUCCGAUGAAAGUGAAUAUCUCUAUAUUAGACAUUAGUAGCACUACACAAGAAUGAAAAAAUAAAGUACUUUCGUGUUUUAACUCUCAGCCUCCUAGCAAGAACCCCGUACAAUUUUUCUUGUCUUUUUUAUUGACA